GAUAUCAUUGAAAAAUAUUACAAAUAUAUUGAAAAUAAUAUAUAUGACGAGAUAUUUUCGAUUGUUUGAUGGCAAUCUUCAAAAUCUUGAAACCGAGUUCUCAUGAGUUUCUCCUCAUCUUCCUGGAAUCCCUUGAAGUCGGCUAAUAAUUGUAUUUUGCUUCCCGGUGGUCAUCCCCUUCGUGAAAAGAUAAAUCCUCGAAAUUAGUGACAAUUAGUGUUUUAAUUAGCUCCUGCUCCCCCGAACAUUUCCUUCCACCUAAUUAAAUAAAUCACUCCCAUCAACUCCUGCGUUAUUUAUUCAAUUAAUCCUGCACUCCUGGGGGUUUUUGACACCGUUGGGGUUAUGGUUGCAUCAUUACAUGUAGUUUUUUGAAGUCUUGUAAAUAGAAAACAAAUCCUGAGAGCUGGAGAGUCAUGGAGGAUCUAAUUCAGAAUUUAGGAUCGGUUAAAGUACCGAAACGAGAGGAUAAAAUAUACAAGGACGAGUGCGUAUACUCCUUCGACACUCCGGAGUCUCCUGAGGGUUUAUACAUCAGUUUGUCCUCUUUUCAUGGCCUUGGAAGGGAUCAUCUGGAGAGGUACUCCAAAAAAACCGGUCAGAAUGUUUUCUUCAACAUCAGGAGGACUAAACAGGCAAUUGUGGAUCAGGGUGGGGACGGUCCUGCCAAGAAGAUCACCAGGUUGGCGAUCGGUACCCCAGGGGGUUUUGUCCCCGACGAGCAGAAGUUCACGUACGAGGACACGUACCAAAUAAUCGUUAUGCCAAAGUUCGCUGUUGUUGAUUACCCAAAUAACGAUUUACCAGAGCACGUGAAGAACUCGAUAAUUGGUGUGCUCCAGGGUGAAUCUGCGAUGAAAGUCGCCGAGAGGGAGGCACUCGCUGGUACCUGGGAUGGAGAGGCCAAAGUCAUCUCCAAGCAUGCAGCAAAUCUCCUACAGCUGGAUAAUGGAAAGAAAAUUCCACCGAGUGGCUGGAAGUGUGAGAGAUGUGAUUUGACACAGAAUCUUUGGUUGAACCUCACCGACGGGUCGAUCCUCUGCGGCCGAAAGUUCUACGAUGGCACGGGUGGCAACGAUCACGCUGUGGAGCAUUACCGAACGACAGGUCAUCCCCUGGCAGUUAAACUGGGGACAAUAACGAAAGAGGGAACUGGUGAUGUCUACUCGUAUGACGAGGACGACAUGGUGGACGAUCCGAAUCUUAUUGUUCACCUGGCGCACUGGGGAAUUAAUAUAGCACACCUGGAGAAAACUGAGAAGUCCAUGGUGGAGUUGGAGCUGGAUCUCAAUCAGAAGUUUGGGGAGUGGGUGGCACUCCAGGAAGCUGCCAGCAAGUUGACACCUGUUUAUGGUUCUGGAUACACUGGACUAAACAACCUGGGGAAUUCUUGCUAUUUGAAUUCCGUCAUGCAGACGAUUUUUGUAAUUCCAGAUUUCAUUCAGAGAUUUGUAGAUCCAGCACUGGAUAUUUUUGAUGGCAACACAGUGGAUCCAGCCAACGAUUUUAACGUUCAAAUGGCUAAACUGGGGGUUGGUUUGCUGUCUGGGAAGUACUCGGUGGCACCAGAGGCUGAGAAAGAGGACGGUGGUCGACAGGGGGUACCUCCGAGGAUGUUCAAGAGUCUUAUUGGCAAGGGGCAUCCAGGAUUCUCAUCCACCAGGCAACAGGAUGCCCAGGAGUUUUUCCUGCACUUCAUCAACAUCCUAGAUCGUCACAGUGUGCACAAGGCAAAUCCAGCUGAUGCCUUCAAGUUCAAGGUCGAGGAGAGAUAUCAGUGCAGCAGCUCGAAUAAAGUCAAGUACUCGUAUCGACCUGAAUACCUUUUACCCUUGCCAAUUCCACUGGAUGCUGCAACAAAUUUGGAGGAAGUGGCUGCAUACGAGGCUGAGAAAAAGGAUGCAGAAUCGAGUGGUCGUCGUCUGGACACAUCAACCCCCCCAGUUCGUCCUCACAUAAAGCUGUCGUCCUGCCUCGAGUCAUUUGCACGAACAGAACUAGUGGAACAAUUUUACAGUACAGCACUGAACGAGAAGACAACGGCCACGAAGAAGACGAGACUGUCAACGACGCCAGAUUAUCUCCUCCUUCACCUGAAAAAAUUCAAUGUCAGCGAGGACUGGACACCAAUAAAAUUAGAUGUCGCUGUGGAGAUGCCUGAUAUCCUCGACAUAAGUCUUCUCCGGGGUGCAGGUAAACAGGUGGACGAGGAGCUGCUGCCAGAGUCUGCGGACUCAGUGCCAGCGCCAGUUUACAACGAGGAAAUCAUGGGGCAGCUGUUAGAAAUGGGUUUUCACCCUGAGGCAUGUAAACGGGCACUCUAUUUCACGGAGAAUAAGGGCCUGGAGGCAGCCACCAAUUGGAUAAUGGAGCACAUCGCGGACUCUGAUUUCACUGAUGAUUUCGUGCCUCCAGGGGUCGAUCCCACCCCCUCCAGGAAUUUUGUACCUGGCCCUGGGCUCGAUUAUCUUCUCAACCUGGGGUUCACUCAGGAACAGGCUGUCAGGGCACUCAAGGCCACUGAUAAUAAUGUGGAGAGGGCUGUGGAUUGGAUUUUUAGUCGGCAGGGAGAUGUGGAACCUGUGGAAAUGGACGAGGACAAGAGUGAGGGCUUCAGGGAUGGCGGGGAUAGGUACAAACUCGUGGGGUUCAUCUCUCACAUGGGCACGUCCACGAUGGUCGGUCACUACGUCUGUCAUCUACUCAAGGACGGACGAUGGGUGAUUUUUAACGAUGAAAAGGUCGCCCUUUCCGAGAACCCCCCGAAGGAACUUGGAUACAUCUACAUGUACCAACGCAUUACUUCGUAGCUCCAAGGUCAUUUUCUAUCUCUGCAACCAUUAAAAACCAUUCAACGUACUGAUAUUAAUUGAAUAUGCUAUGAAACUUAAUCCAUUUAAUAAAAUUGUUUACCC